AUGCCCAACGAUCAAAAAGAGAGCGAAGGUUCGUCCGUGCGGGCUGAAGUUGGCCAAACUUCAGGUGAUAGUGGAGGCAACUCAGCAGCCGUUGAUCAAGUCUUUUCCAUGUUUAAGGAUUUUCUUGAGAAAAAAUUAGAAGAUAAAGGAAAGCAAAUCGAACAAAGGAGUAAGUUAGAUAAAGAAGUUGUACAGCUAAAGUUCAAAGGUAACCAGAAACAAUUUGAGCUUAAUGCCGAAUUAGAUGCCUUUUUUGAAAGCGUUGAAACUGAAAGUGAAAGCAUCGAGCCAAACUUGUCGCAGAUCAAGAAACUUUCCCAAGAAGGCAGGCAACGUAUUCGAAAGCGACAGAAGCUGAUAAAAAUCGCUGAUAAAAGUAGGGACGGCUGGCAGGUUGUAGCCGAGUACGAGUCGGACGAGCUUGCAUCCGGCUCCGAAGAUGAAAAGCGUCUUAAGAAGGCAAGAGAAGCGGCGAGCCGCAAGAGACGUCAAAAGGAACAACUCUCCAGCGAUCGUGGAAAGAAACCAAAAAUUGCUUUGGGCGCUGAUAAUCAGCUUUUUCGUGGUAAGAAAAAGGAGCCUCCUCUUUACUUUGUAUAUUCAUGC